GGAAUAAAGCCAAUGGAUGAAUCCUAAAAAAAUAAUUGCAAUAUGUAAAGAGUAACAGCAAUACUCCUUUUCACUGAUGGCAUCAUCUAAAUGGUUCUUAUAAUCAUGCCAUCCAUGUUCUUCCAUGCCAUCUCCUUAAAAUCCAUGAACCUUUACAUAAAACCUGCUUUUUAUAUAAUGUAACCAUUAUAUAUUCUGGAUGUUUUCAUAAAAUUCAGUUUUACUCUCAGGUGCUGAAAUUCUGCCGCUAGAUGGCAGCAGCCACAAAGUCAAUCAAGAAACAACCAAAGUUUACGUUAUUCACGAAUCGGAAAGUGUUGGGUGUGAACUUGGCGCAAAUAGUUUCGCGCUAGGAAUACCUUCAUAGUUGGUCUGAAGCUCCUGCUCUAGAACCAGAAUGUUGUGGUAUCAUAAUACUCUGAAUUCGUUUGACGUAUUCAUUGGUUUGUAAUAUUCUAGCUAUAUGAAAUAUUUUAUUCCUAAAUUUUCAGGCUGAAUUCCCAACAUGAGGCAGCUCUACUUUUUUGGAGGACAGCAGAAGCAGGGACUUAAUUUAAUCAAAUAAUAUGGAAAGUAAUUUGUACAUAAUAAAACUUAGACUGGAUGGCUAUUUAUCCUUAGUAAAUUAAAUAAUUUGAAAAGUCUAUUUUGUAUUUACCAAAUUAUCCUUUGAUAUUAAAAUGUGAUGAUCACAUCACUGCAUUCGAUAUGCUACUUUAUUUUAGGAUUUGUUUCGAGUGCCAAUAAAAGUAAAAUGAGAUUUAUUUUACUGCCUACAUAUACUGAGGAAUAUAUUUUUAUCCAGGCUUCAUUUUCUCAGUGAUUCAUUCUAAAAUGCAUUUAUUUAAAAGGACACAAGAGACAUGUGGGACACAACUGGUUAUUUUGCAUAAGAACUGUGCACAACUAUUUUGUGUAGUUUAUGUAGCUGCCAAACAGGAAAAUAAAACUCUUCAUCAUCCUAACUGGCAUAAAGUAAAAUCUAUUUUUAGAGAGUUUAUCUCAUAGGAAAUGAUUUCAGCCAUUCUCUUCCUGUAAGGGCACAUGUGGGUGUGGAGAAUAAUUACUGUGGUUCUGUGUUUAUUACUAUUUCUAUUGUUAUAUAUGUUCUAUAUUGUUUAUUUAUUUAUUUCUACUAUUGGUUUCAUCCAACUCAGUUCUAAGAGAAAUAAACUGCGUUCUGAGCAAAACUGUAAACAAAAGCCAAAUAUUUUCUCAUACAGUGAUGCCUCCAAACCCACUAAGCCAACCUGACUUUUUCUUUACAUUUCUCAUUGUCAGCUAUGCUGGCUUUGGAACACUGCAGGAAUUCCCUUUAUGCAGACGAUCAUUGAUUGAGACUGCGUGAGCGGUCCAACCACGCCUGUGUGUGGCGGAGGAAAUAUAAAUUCACCUGCACGUCGGCCUCCUGCACAUUCCUGAAUGAGACUGAGAGGCAGCUAGUGCACACGAUCUCCUGUCCAGCCGUCCAGUUGUCAUGGGGUCUGAGCGUUUUCCAGUCGGCAUCCGUCUAACCGGAGUCCUUCACAAGGAGAAGAACAAAAUGUACAUAACAUCUGUGCUUUGGUCGGAUCAGAAUGAAAUUGUAGUUUACAGAAGCUUUGAAGAUUUCAGAGAAAUGCAUAAACAGCUAAAGAAGAAGUUUUCCUCUGGAAGUAAAAUGAAAAAAUCUGACAGAAUCCUCCCUAAAUUUCAAAGCAACAAAGUGAAGCAGAAGAGCCAAGGCAAGGGGCCUAAUAAAUCACUGGUGCGCCUCAAGUAUUUGCAGAAAUACUGCAAUGAACUCCUGAGCUGUGAUCAACACGUCUCACAGUCUGCUGACCUGGCAAAGUUCUUGCAACCAAAUGAGAACGAGCUAAAACCAGAGUUCACCAAAAACAGCAUCAUCAUCAUGCCCUCCGAGGACGAGAUCCGGAGCUACGGGAGACAGGACAGCAGCGGCAAUGUGACCCAGCCGUUCGUCACAGAGACCUACAGAUGUAUAGCCCCAUACGAGACCAAAGACACCAAAAACAAACCUUUCAAAGUAGCUGUGAAUGAGACGCUUGACGUUCUCAUCAAAGACAAAGGAGGUGAGCAAAGCACAACUCGAGCAAUGCUUAGAACAUUCCCAAUCCAAUCGGGGGAUCCCGUGAAUGCGUGUGCAGGGUGGUGGCUCGUAGAGAACGAGGAGAAGAGGAUGGCCUGGUUUCCUGCACCCUACCUGGAGAACUUAGACGACGAGGAGGACGAAGAGGAAGUGCACGGUACACCAUCGAGAGGGAUGCUUUACACAGUUGUCAGGAGCUACAAUUCCAAAAUAGAGGAUGAAGUAAGCGUGAACAUCGGUGAAGUGGUGGAGGUCAUGCAGAACCCGGAUAAUGGCUGGUGGCUCAUAAGACACAAAGGAAAAGUGGGCUACGUCCCGUCUCUGAACCUGCAGCCCUACAUAUACCCUCGGGUUCAGAUGUUGUCUCAGUAUAAUGUCCAAAACUCCUCUUCUCUCCAGCCCGCCUCCUCCAUCUUACACCACUGGCAUUCCUAUGGCGACCUGCCCCAGCAUCCUAACUCCAGGCCCAUCAUCCCAACAGAAAGCAUCCACAGGUCUCAGUCUCUGAACCGGUUGUCCGAGGAGCCUUACGCUCAGCCUGCAGUGAGCCUCCCUGCUCCAGCAAACAGCCACCUCACCUCCCCAACAUCUCCAGUGCAAUCCCCUCUUCCGGUCAUCCUGGUGGAGAGUGACGAAGAGCAGGAGGAGAGCGGACGGAUCCUCAGAGCAGAGUCGGUGGACAGCUUUGAAAGCGACAGCUUCAGCGACGACGACACCCUCUCCAUGUCCGCCGGCUCAUCCCUCAACCUGAGCUACGGCGCCAACGACCAACAGCUGCGAUUCUGCCGCACGCCACAGCCCACGGCGUCCAACUGCCUCAGCCCAACGAGCCACCCUGAGGGAACUCUGCUGCCCAGCGUCUCCGACCCCAACCUCUACAAGGGGCCCCAGCCCCCCAAGGUUCCCCCGAGACCUCGGGCCCAGGAGAUUCUCACCCGCUGUUCCUCAGUCACCCGUAAGAACGCGACUAAAAGCAACCUGUCACCGACUUCGACUGAGGUGACGGGUCGAUGAAAGUUAAAGCUCUUCUGCAUUAACGGUGCACACUGGUUUCUUGACGGCCUUGGAACAUAAAACAAAAAAACCAAACAGAUAUAUCCUUCCACUUAUGUAUCAAUCAAUACUUUGAUUAAUAUAUAUAAAAUAAACAAGUAACCAACAACUGGAUGUAUUUCGUCUGAAUGACUAGGUGCUUUAAGUUUUGUAUCAACUCUCAUACCGGAUAAUCCCCCCCCUAUCUGAUAUCUGUACGCAUUGCAUUCAGUUAACUGUAGAGAUGAAAAUGAAUAAAAUGAUCUUGUGGGUUUAAUACUGAAUGCUUUUGUGUCAUACCUGAAAGAAAAUGUACAAAACAUGGAGUCUUCACAUGUGAAAACAUCACAGUGAGAAGAGUCUCCUUUUUAUACUUUAUUUCUCUACCAGAUUUGAACAUGCAGACUCAUUUUUGUCCAUUGUUCUUUGUGAAGUAGGCUGGAUUAACUUAAAGAGGUUCUGUAAACAUCAGUUUUCAAUCUCUUUUAAUUAAGGUCUGGACUUUGACUGGACCAUAUUAACCCUUCGACUGUAUGUUUUUAGUUGUGUUCUGGAUAUAAGGUGAACCUCCGCCUCAGUUGCCAAGGACAGUAAUCCCAGAACCCGAUGCCGCUCUGAAAUACGCAACACUAAUGUUACAAAAUGUGACAAACGUUAGAGGGGUAUGAAAACUUAUGCAAAGUACUUUGGUUGCACAGAUAGAGCUUGAGGAGUCUGGACUUUGUUUCCCAGAGAUGAAUUUAGACUUAAAUAGGAAUUUCUGCUUCUUCCCCAAAGCUUCCUUCAGACAUUUCUGACGGGUAAAACUGACAUCCUUUGAAAUGCUGGAGGCUUCAAAAAACGAACAGCAACAACAUCCUGUUAGACAACAACUCUUUAGUUUUUAUCUAGCUAAAAAAAACAGUUGGUUGUCUGCAGGAUUUGUUUUUGUGGUUUCUUCAUUGGUUGAUCACAAUUUAUUCUCUAAAUUCUCAUAAUUUUACUUCAAGGCAGAAAACUGCUUUUUGGUUGUUUUUUUUAAUUGAAGCCUGACUAAUGUUAGAUUUUGCAAAAAAACAACAACAAAAAAAAAAACAAGUCUCCUGCUUAACAAUCAGACAAAUAAUGGGUAAAAAAAAAAGUCAAUUAUCAGUUCAAAACCUUUACAAAAUAGGCACAUAAAAGAGAUUUAUUUAUAAACAUAUGAGCCACUACAUUAGAAAUAUGUUUGACUGUUCCUUUGACUGUUACAUAAGGAAACUGCAUGUUUACAAUCCUGUAAACAGGCGCUAUGCACUGUUGCAUACCUUCUAAUUACAAUAGGCUUUAA